AUGUGGGCUAUUUUCAAGAUACUUUCUGGCGCAGUCUACCUGCUGUCCAUCAUCCUUUCGAUACCCAUCGCAUUCGAUGUCGGCGGUCGCGACUCUGGCCUGGCCUACAGCCUGUCCAUCUUCCUCUUCUACUUCCUCUACAGCUUCGUCAAGGCCAUAACCCCAAAAGACUCACGGCUGCGGUGGACCUUGACCAAUACCCUCGGCACCCUGCAGUGGGUCGUCCUUCCGGGCCUCCUCAUCUGGUCGCUCAGCCGUUUCUCCGUCGAUGCUGGCUCCACGGACUGGGUCUCGAGGACCCUUGGCCACAUCCGGCCCGCCGCCAAAUACACCGAGAGCUGGCAUGAGUGGUUCUUCGGCCAGGGCGGUAUGCUCGAGCAUCUGACCCUGGGAGGUUGGGACAAGGGCCUGAGCUACUCAAGCCCCGUCUUCCAGUUGCUCGAGGGCUUCUGUAGCUUGUUGGUCAUCCAGGCCGCUGGCCAGAUCACACGAUGGCUCGUCAACAGGGGGCGCAGUGAUACCUGGAUAAUCGUGCUUGUUGUCUUCUCCGGCUCCAUCAUGGCCACCGCGGUCUACUUCCUCUGGCGCGUCGCCAGGUUCCCACAGAUCGGCAACCUCGAUGCGACCCUGAUCGGCGUGACAAUGACCUCGGCAGUCUUUCUCUGCGCCUUUGGUAUCGGCAGCGGCAGGGGCAACCCCGUUGAAUCCUCUCUCCUGUUUGCAUACGUCGUCCUCUGCAUAUACCAGAUCUUCACCGACUAUCUCCCUUCGCCCGACGGAGCGGCAGCGCAAGCCCUGGCCGGGGAACACGCCGCGGCUGCGCAGCCCGAGUUUCCUCCCCUGCCGCCGAUCAUCAUGGCAUCCUACUCGACCCUCCUCCACAUGCUGGGCCAGCUUCCCGACGCCAUCAGCUCCUCCCUGACCUUCCUGUGGGCUGCCUUCCAGACCAUCACCCCCAGCGUCAUCAUCUCGCUCACCUAUCGCAUCAUCGUCUUUUACUGCGCGACCCGGAUCAUACCAGCGGUGCGAGAGUCGGGUGCCCGGGCGCUCAUGGACGAGCCCUCCAACCUGGAUGACUCCUCCGACGCGGCGAACAAGCUCAUGAGUUUCCUGUCGUGGUUCUCGCCUUCCAUCCUUAUCGCCGUGUACACAAGCCUGCUGCUACAGCACUUCUCGGUCGCGGCGAUGGACGGCGACGGCAUCGGCUGGACUCUUAGGGGAGGCGACGCUGGCGGCAACCUGUGGCGGUGGAUGAACGUGGCCGCCACCAUGGGCCUCUACGCCAUCGAGCUGUACCUGGGCAAGGAUGAGGUGGACCACUGGAAGAUCGACUGA